AUGGCGAGCGCAAAGCCAGCCAGCACACCAGGUUCCACCCCUCUGGUGUGCAUGGGCCACACCCGACCCCUCACUUCGCUUGCAUUUUCCCCAUUACAGCCAGACGGCAGCUACUUCCUGAUCAGUACAUGCAAGGACAAGGUACCUCUGCUCAGAGCGGGCAAAUCUGGCGACUGGGUGGGCUCAUUUGUCGGCCAUACGGGUGCAGUGUGGUCGGGCAAGCUCAAUAGAGAUGCGAGCCGUGCAGUGACGGGCAGCGCCGAUUUUUCUGCCAUUGUCUGGAACGCUCGCACCGGCGCAGCAGAAUUCACGCUCGCUCACGAACAUAUCGUCAAGGCGGUAGAUAUCUCACCUGUAGGAGAUCAUGUCAUCACAGGCGGACAUGAAGGCAAGCUGCGCUUGUUCAAUCUCGCUAGCGCGUCAAUCAGCAACGGCGAUGAGACUGCGCGGCCAGAAUGUACCAUACUCGUCGCGCAGGACGUCAAAGGCAAAGGUCGAGCUCACGACGGCGUCGUACGGUCUACCAUCUGGCAUGACGCGCGCGGCGAGAUCAUUACAGCGGGCGAAGAUGCCAAGAUAAGAAUUUGGGAUAUCAGCAGUCAGGCAUGUAUCGCAACUAUCGAGGCGCCUUCCACCGCGAGGACAGGUAUACCAGAUCCGAUAUCGUCUUUACAGACGACAGGCAGCGAGACCAUACUGUCUACGACGCACGCCAGUAACGUUUCGCUGUUCGACUUGAGCUCGCGCACCUUUGUUGCCACUUACAAGCUCGAUUAUGCGCCGUCGUGCGCUGCGUUCCAUCCCAACAGUCCAGACAUCUUCCUGACCGGCUCGACGCAAGACUCUGCUGUGCGCAUACAUUCUCGCAACGAAUCGGCCGACUGUCUGCACUGGUUCAAAGGUCACCACGGCGGCGUGCAUUGCAUCGACUUUUCACCAGACGGCCAGCUCUACGCCUCUGGCAGCGAAGAUGGCACGAUCCGUCUAUGGCAGACGACACAAAAGACCUACGGCCUCUGGGUCCUCGAAGAGGUCACAGAUGUCCCAGCAUCGUAA